AUGACUGCAUGUUAUUUAUUUUGGAAAGAGGAUGCCAAGAAAGAAGAGUAUUCUAAAUGCAAUGAGUCAAGAUGGAUAUCGACCGUAAGGAAAAAAGGAAGGAUUCCUCAAAAAGUAUUACGAUACUUUCCUUUGACACCGAGGUUGCAAAGGUUAUUUAUGUCAAAGGAUACUGCAAAAUCCAUGAAAUGGCAUAGAGAAGAACGUGUUGAUGACCAUAACACUUUAAGGCAUCAUGCUGAUUCUAAGAUGUGGAGAGAAUUUGAUAGAGACCAAAGUUGGUUUGCAAAAGAUGCUCGCAAUGUUAGAUUAGGCCUAGUCAAUGAUGGUUUUAACCCUUUCAAUAAUAUGAGUAAACCUUAUAGCAUAUGGCAAGUAAUACUUGUGCUAUACAACUUGCCCUCUUGGUUGUGCAUGAAAGAUCCGUACUUAAUGUUAUCUCUGCUCAUUCCUGGCCCUAAAGCUCCAGGAAAUGACAUCGACAUUUAUUUGCAACCUUUAGUUCAUGAAUUAAAGCAAUUAUGGGUUGACAACGUAGAGACAUAUGAUGCCUCUAAGUCAGAAAGAUUCUGCUUACAUGCUACACUAUUAUGGACUAUUAAUGAUUUUCCUGCAUAUGCUAAUCUUUCAGGGUGGAGCACUAAGGGAAAAUUGGAUUGUCCAUUAUGCAAUCUCGAUACAGAUUCCAUGUGGUUAUGUCAUGGGAGAAAACAUUGUUAUAUGGGCCAUCGUCGGUUCUUGCCAUCUGCACACACUUGGAGAAAGAAAAAAGCCGCUUUUAAUGGAAAUGAGAAUCAUCGGUUGCCACCUACUAAACUUAUGGGACAUGAUGUACUCCAGCAACUAGAGGAGGUUGCUACUGUCCAGUUUGGCAAAGGUUCUCGGAAUAGAAAACGCAGACCAAAUGAAUUGAAUUGGACAAAACAAAGUACGUUGAUGAAUAUUGAAAGGAAAAACAAAGACACUGCAAAUGCACGCAGGGACUUGAUGGAGCUUGGAUUAAGGAAGGAAUUACAUUUACAACCUGUUAGCAGUGGAUUUUCCAUGGUGCUUGGUUCAUACACAUUGGAUUUAGAUCAGAGGAGACGUUUUUGUAAGUGGCUUGCAUAUGUGAAAUUUCCAGAUGGUUUUGCCUCAAAUAUUUCGAGAUGUGUUUCAGUCAAUGAUGGAAAGAUAAUGAGAAUGAAAAGUCAUGACUGUCAUGUUUUUAUGCAAAGAUUACUUCCAGUUGCAAUUGGUGGAUUUUCGCGAUCAGAUAUACGCCUUGCAUUGACGAAGUUGAGUACCUUUUUCAAGGCUUUGUGUGCACGAACAUUGACAUUAGAUGUAUUGAAGCGAUUACAAUCCGACAUUGCAAUCAUCCUAUGCAAGCUUGAGAUGAUUUUUCUACCUGCCUUUUUUGAUAUAAUGGUACAUCUUGCCAUUCAUCUACCCCAUGAGGCAUUUUUGGGAGGUCGAGUACAAUAUAAGUGGAUACAUAAUCGAGUGGAAUGGAACAAGCAUAUUGAUGACGAUCCUCAGUUUCCAGGGUUGUCUGUGUUCUCACAAAAGAUAUGUCCUUUGGGAUUGCUAACUUCACAUCGAUUGGAUAAGACUCUACUUGCAAAGGCAAAAUGUGAGCACUACUGCAAGAUUCAAGAACAUUCCAUGGAUAAUGUAGAGUGUAGACAUCAAAGUGAAUUUCCAAAAAAUGAGGAUGAGGUCACUGAUGAUAUAUAUGCACUUGCUUGUGGACUGGACCCAUGGGUUACUUCAUAUGAUGCUUGCAUCAUGAAUUGCAUAAGGUUCCACACAGAGAACCUAGGAAAAUAUUGCCGAACCCAAAAUAGUGGCCUAGUUGUUAACGGUGAACAUCGUUCAAAACCUGUUGAUUUCUAUGGUGUUUUAAUUGAAAUAUUACAAUUACGCUACAUGGGAUGGUGUCAUGUAUAUUUGUUCAAAUGUGAGUGGUUUGAUAUCGACGAUGGGAAAAGAGGAAUACGAGUUGGCGACCAUCUAACUAGUGUCAACAAUUCUCGUAAAUGGUAUAAAGACGAGCCAUUCGCCCUAGCCUAUCAAGCCUCUCAAGUGUUUUAUCUUAAAGAUACUAGUUUGGGUGGUAAUUGGUUCGUGGUGCAGAAGGUGACCAAUAGGAAUAUGUAUGAUGUUCCAACUGGUCCAGUGGUGAAUGAUGAGGAUAAUGAUGACGAUAUAUUCGAAAAUGAUGCAUUCCAGGAGAACGAACCAUCAUAUGUAGAGGUAGAACCCCAAUAUGAUGAUGCUAGCACGACGAAUCCCUUGCAUAGGUCUGAUGUAGAACCAUUUCAUGUUGCCGAUGUCACAUUAGUCUCGAACCCAAUAUCUGAUCAUGAAUAUUCAACCUUUGGCAAUGAGGAAGAGAAUGAAUAUAAUUAA